CGUGAAUUUAGACUGAAGCAACAGAAAUGGACGUUACGGAGUUAUCAACUUCAGAAAGUGUUUCUAAGAAAAAGGGGAAGACGAAGAAGAUAAAACGGAAGACCAAAUCCGACGAAGGUCCAGUGGAAGAGAUUAAACCAGCAGACGAUGAAGUCAAAGAGGAGAAGUCCGAGUCAGGAGGGUUUUUUCCUCCCACAUUCAGCGUGUCUGAGAUCAAAAACAAGCAACGCAGACAUGCGAUGUUCCUCAAACUCAAGCAGGAGAAAAGAAAGCUAAAACUGGAACUGAAAAAGAAAAGGAAAAAGGAGAGAGAAGCUCUUGGUGACAAGGCACCACCUAAAGAAGUUCCCAAGACUAUAGAAAACCAGAGAAUAUAUGAUGAAACUACAGUCAACCCUGAGGAUGAGGAGGUGGCUUUUGAUGAAGGAACCGAUGAAUUCUCAGCUUACUUUAAUCGAUUGACAAAUCCCAAAGUUCUUAUUACCACUUCAGACAGGCCAAGAGGAAGAACUGUGAGGUUUUGUGAGCAGCUGGCAACAGUAAUCCCACACGCACAUGUGUACUACAGAAGAGGUCUGGCACUGAAGAGAGUGAUUCCUCAGUGUGUAUCACGAGGCUUUACUUACUUAAUCGUGAUUAAUGAGGACAGGAAGGUGCCAAACGGUUUGAUUCUCUGUCACCUUCCUGACGGACCUACUGCACAUUUCAAAGUCAGCAGUGUUCGGCUUCGCAAAGAGAUGAAGAGAAGGGGUAAGGACCCAACAGAACACGUUCCAGAAGUCAUCCUCAAUAACUUCUCUACUAGACUUGGUCACACCAUCGGUCGGCUGUUUGCCGCUCUGUUUCCUCAUGAUCCACAUUUCAUUGGCCGUCAGGUUGCCACAUUUCACAAUCAGAGAGACUUCAUCUUUUUCAGGUUUCACAGGUACAUCUUCAAGAAUGAAAAGAGAGUAGGAAUCCAAGAGCUAGGACCCCGCUUUACUGUUAAACUUCGCUCCUUACAGAAAGGAACCUUUGACUCCAAAUUUGGUGAAUAUGAAUGGGUUCACAAGCGUCAUGAGAUGGACUCCAGUAGAAGAAAAUUCCAUAUUUAAGAUGCAUCCUGGAAAAAUAGGGCAACUGCUCUUUAAUGUCUAAUUAACAUCUAAUAAUAUCUUUUUCCUUUGAUGGAUUAAGUGUUAAUGGAAUACAUGCGUUGAAUUUGCUGUAUUAUAUUUUCUUGUACUUUAUUAUUAAGAAUACCUUUGUGAAAUAUGACUUUAAAGAGAGAUUCGUUUUUCCUCCAGGCAUGACAAAUGUAUCAAUUUGUCAAAAAAACAAAUUUCGUCCUUGCUUAAAUACAAAUUAAGCCUACGUUCACUAGUACUAUGACUUAUUCUUACCAGAAAGACUUGUAAAUAGUUGGAGUUACUGUCACAUAAUAGUGGGCUUGCAAUAACCAAUUAUAAUUGGUUAACCGAUCACUUGUUUUUUUCUUUAAUCAAGUGAGCGCCAAAUUUAUUUUCAUUUAUUUCUUGUACCAUAUGGGGGGAGGGGUGUAUUAUUUAGCAUAUUUUGUCUUGUGCCCAAGUUGAAGGCUACAAAUAUGGAAAUGUAUGCUACCCGUUGUGUACAAAAUAAAUACAUUUUAUUAUAAAUUGCAUGUUGUUUUUCACAUUUAAAAACAAUUGUCUGUUUUGAUGUUCUCUUAAAGUACUUGCUUUGCAUAUAGGCUUCUAAUUCAGCAGUUGAAAU